UAUUUUGGUGGCACUCGUUUCGAGGGGGAACUGUUUUCCUGAACAUCUGAGGUGUCAUGGUGCUGCCCAUGUGAUUUGUCCUGGCCGUUUGUUCAAUGGCUGUGCCUGUGUCUCCAAAUCACAGGAAACACUAGACUAGAAGCAAAUAUGUAUCCAUUUGAGAUUAUCUUACACAAACUAUGACGUGAACACGAUCUUGGGAGAUGCCCAUGAGAUUAGCAGUGCACAGUGGACGGAAGAGGCAGUUACACUUAAUACAUCCAGAUAAUGACCUUUUCAGAUUUCCUUGGAGCAUUGAAGGACAACCCCUACUUUGGGGCUGGCUUUGGACUGGUUGGUGUGGGCACGGCGCUGGCAGUUGCCAGGAAGGGGGCACAGAUAGGCAUGGUCUUCUUUAGGCGGCAUUACAUGAUCACUCUGGAGGUUCCCAGCAGAGAUAAGAGUUACCACUGGUUGCUGAGCUGGAUUACCAAACAUGCCAGGCAUACACAGCAUCUAAGCGUAGAGACCUCAUACUUGCAGCAUGAGAGUGGACGAAUCCACACACAGUUUGACUUCCACCCAAGUCCUGGUAACCACAUCAUUUGGUAUGGAAGUAAGUGGAUCAGGGUGGAGAGGACCCGAGAGAAACAGAUGGUGGAUCUGCACACAGGAACGCCUUGGGAGUCUGUAACAUUCACAGCUCUUGGCAGAGACAGGCAGAUAUUCUUCAACAUACUGCAAGAAGCACGAGAGCUGGCUCUAAAGCAGGAGGAGGGCCGCACUGUGAUGUAUACCGCUCUGGGAGCGGAAUGGAGGCCAUUCGGGUUUCCCCGCCGUCGCCGCCCCUUGUCAUCUGUCGUCCUGGAUAAUGGGGUGGCUGAGAGGAUUGUGGAUGAUGUUAAGGAAUUCAUUAAUAAUCCAAAGUGGUAUACUGAUAGAGGAAUCCCAUACAGAAGAGGAUAUCUACUGUAUGGACCACCAGGCUGUGGAAAGAGCAGCUUCAUAACAGCCCUUGCUGGGGAGUUGGGUUACAGCAUCUGUUUGAUGAGUCUAAGUGACCGCAGUCUAUCAGACGACCGGUUGAAUCACCUGCUGAGUGUGGCUCCACAGCAGAGCAUAAUUCUGCUGGAAGACGCGGACGCCGCCUUCGUCAGCCGGGAGCAUCUGCCUACUGAGAACCCAAUGGCCUACCAAGGCAUGGGAAGACUCACCUUUAGUGGACUUCUUAAUGCUUUGGAUGGAGUCGCUUCUUCGGAGGCCAGAAUUGUCUUCAUGACUACUAACUUCAUUGAGAGACUUGACCCAGCUCUAAUAAGACCUGGUCGUGUGGACUUGAAGCAGUAUGUUGGCCACUGCACACACUAUCAGCUGACCCAGAUGUUCCGGAGAUUCUACCCGUUGGAGCCUGCGACUGAGGGGGAAAGAUUUGCAGAGCGAGCACUAACUGUUCACAAAGAGCUCAGUGCGGCUCAAGUGCAAGGCCACUUCAUGCUUUAUAAAAUGGACCCAGCAGGCUCUAUUGACUACGUUGAAAAAAUUAAAGAAUGAGGACAUUCAGAAGUUAAUAGGAACACUGACAUGAACUGGGAAAUGAACAGUAUGUAAAAUGGAAAGAGCAAACUGCAUAAGAGGCCGGUCAUGAAGUGACUUGUGACAUUCUGUGGCUAUUUCUAGAAAACACACACAGUUUUUGCCAAUUAAAUUUAAAAGCUGUGAAACUUGUUGAGUCCUGUUUUUCCAGUAUUUUAUAUUUUAGACAGUAAUAAGUAAAUAAUGCAAAGCAACACUGCAGCAUACAAGAGAUCAUUAUUAUUAUCCUUUUUAGGCCUGUCUUAUAUGCAGGCUGGAAAUGACAGCAACAAGAUAAUUUCAAAUGAAGUAGGCUAAAGGCCAACCAUCUGUAUGUAGCGUAUAUGCUGUGUCAAAGCUACAAAAGGGCAGGGUCUAAGCUUCUCUUAACUAUUGUUGCUGUUAAUUAUUAUCUGAAAACUUGGGUGUGCUGAAAAUGUUUGAAGCAGACCAGACAGCUUUCUAAAACUCACCCUAUUAGGCUCUGUAUUAUUCACACUUCCAUUUGCACUUUAAAUACCAUGUGUGAUGUUCUCAUCCUUUCAGAGAACCAAAAGCAGUAAACAUUAGUCUUAAGAGUAAUUAAAGAAAUAUUUGGACACUUUAACUAUGUAAUCAUUGGUAAACUUGAAUGAAGCUCUUCAGUUUACUUCAUAAAGGUAGAAACAAGCUGUCAUUUGUUUCAGAAGAAAAAGCACACACAGCACAACAUCAAAUGGAUGGUAGACUCUGUGUGGAGAAAGCUUGGAAAUGUCAAAGUCUGGGACUGUUUUUCUGCUAGUGGUAUUGGUGAGCUUGUUUAUAGAUGGGAUCAUGAACUCAAAAGUGUACAAAGACAUUUAGGAUGCAAACGAAACUGCUCCAAUGAAAACAAUCUGAAACACCCUAGACUUCUUUUAGACUCCACCCUAGAAUAAAUCGUCAAAAAGAAAAUUAUAUUCUUUGGUCUGUUUAAAGUAAAUACCACUUGGCUUAACAUUGUGUUUUGUAACACAAUGAGCUUAAUACAUUUUUAAGAAUGGCACAAUUACUCAAAUACUUUUUGGGGCCAUCGUAUAUCCAGAAUGCCUAUUAGUAAUUGUGAAGCAUGAACGUAAUUUGGCGGCUGACACACGUUCCAUGUUUAGAGGUGUGUUAUGCAGAACUGUGUGCUCCGCCUCCCUUCAUAGAAGGGGCGUUAAAUGUUGUUUUUCAUGUGCCUUUUUUGAUGGUGUAAAUAAAGAGCACUCUAUUUA